AUGAUUAUUUAUCAAUGUUAUAACUUAGUCAAAUCAUCGAAAUCAGAACAAAGUUCAAUCGAAUUAUCAUAUUUACAGUUAAUUAGAGAAAGACGAUCAUUAAGUGAAAAAGAAAUUGCCCCAUAUAAUGUUAUAGUUGGUGUAGCUUCAUUAAAUGUAGCUGCUUAUUCAAAUGGUAAUGAUAAAUAUAUUUCAAAUGAAGAUAAUUAUUUAUAUGAAAUAUAUAUGGGAAUGAAAUGGCAAUGUGUUGAAUAUGCACGUCGAUGGACUUUAUUACGUAAAAGUUCAAUAUUUGAAAGUGUUAAUAGUGCUGAUGAUAUGUGGAAUCAAUUAAAAUAUAUUGAAAGAAUUAUUGAUAAAGAAAAAUUUUCCUUAAAAAAACAUUCGAAUGGUUCUCCAAAUCUUCCAAUAAAUGAAUCAUAUUUAAUUUAUCCAAUACAAAAAGAUAUGCCUUAUGGACAUGUUGCGAUUAUUGUCGAUGUUUUAAAAAAUGCAAUAAGAAUUGCUGAACAAAAUUUUUAUUUUAAUUAUUGGUCAAAAAAUUAUUCUCGACAAAUUCCAGUUGUAUUUAAAAAUGGUCUUUAUUAUAUUCAAGAUGAAUAUGAAGUUUAUGGAUGGAUGGAAAUUUAUGAUAAUAAACAAUUAAAACCAUUAGAUAAUUUAACAAUAGAAAAAAUUCAAAUGAAAAAUAAAAAGAGUUUAGAUUUGACUUCUUCUUCUCAAAAAACUAAUCAUAUCUAUUAUUUUAUUUUAUUUCUCAUUAUAUUCAUAUCUCAUUUUAUUUUUUCUUAA